AUGUUUCAAACAAGAUUCAGAAGCUUGCCUAAAUUGUUCGGCGUCUACAGACGGAACAACUACUCCACUAGAUCUACCGUUAUUCAGCUAUUGAAUAAUAUUGGAUCGAAAAGGGAGGUAGAACAAUACCUGAAAUACUUCACUUCUGUUUCUCAACAACAGUUCGCCGUUAUCAAAGUCGGAGGUGCCAUCAUCACUCAAAAGUUGCCAGAGUUGGCCUCUUGCCUGGCGUUUUUGUAUCACGUGGGCCUUUAUCCUAUCGUUCUUCACGGUACGGGUCCCCAAAUUAACGAACUGCUGGAAAAUGAGGGCGUCGAGCCUCAAUAUGAGGAUGGUAUCAGGAUUACUGAUGAAAAAACCAUGUCUGUGGUGCGCAAAUGUUUUUUAGAGCAGAACUUGAAGUUGGUCACCGCUUUGGAAAAGAUGGGUGUCCGUGCCAGACCUGUCACCGCUGGUGUUUUCUCCGCUGAUUACCUCAACAAAGACAAAUACAAGUUGGUGGGAAACAUCUCUUCUGUCAACAAGGCUCCGAUUGAAGCUUCCAUUCAAGCUGGUGCUUUGCCAAUCCUGACUUCUCUUGCUGAAACUGCCUCUGGUCAAAUCUUAAAUGUCAACGCUGAUGUCGCUGCCGGUGAGCUGGCCAGAGUCUUUGAGCCUCUGAAAAUUGUCUAUCUGAACGAAAAGGGUGGUAUUAUCAAUGGAAUUACUGGUGAAAAGAUUUCCAUCAUCAACUUGGAUGAGGAAUAUGAAGACUUGUUGAAGGAAUCCUGGGUAAAGUAUGGUACCAAGUUGAAGAUCAAGGAGAUCAGAGACUUGCUGAUGCAUCUUCCGAGAUCUUCUUCCGUGGCUAUCAUUAAUGUUGACGACUUGCAAAAAGAACUGUUCACUGACUCUGGUGCUGGUACUCUGAUCAGAAGAGGCUACAAGCUAAUCAUUAGAGAAUCAUUGGACGAGUUUCAACAACCUGAUCUGCUGAGAACUGCUUUGAACAGAGAUUCUGAUAUCUCUUCUGGUAAGACAUCUGUUGCAUCUUUCUUGAGAGAACUUGAAGGUGUAUCAUUUAAGGCUUAUGGUGAUGAACCUCUUGAGGUCUUGGCUAUUGUUAAGGAAAACAAAUCUGGUGUCCCCAAACUCGAUAAGUUCUUGGCUUCGAAGAAUGGCUGGUUGAACAAUGUUACCGACAACAUCUUUAAUGCUAUUAAAAAGGGCAACCCCUCCUUGCAAUGGGUCGUCAGAGAAGAUGACCCAAACACUGCUUGGUUCUUUUCGAAGUCCCAAGGAUCUUUCUCUAAGAAUGGCCAGAUAUUGUUUUGGUACGGUGUCGAAUCUCCUGAGGAUGUUGACUCUUUGAUUCAGAAUUUCUCCAAGAACGUCUCAUACAUCCAGUCUACUGAUUCUUCGAAUUCCAAGGCCGCAAGCGAGACUAGAGCUUACCAUACCAUGAGAAAGGCUUCCAGCCAACAGAUACGUUCUUUUGCUACCACCUGCAACUCAAAUCCAAACCCACCUAUCCGUGAAGGAUCUAACAAGAAAAAGGCUAAAAUUGCUUUGAUUGGUGCCAGAGGCUACACUGGACAAAACCUGAUCACCAUGAUUGACAACCAUCCAUAUUUAGAGAUUGCUCACGUAUCGUCUAGAGAGUUGCAAGGUCAAAAAUUGCAAGGUUACGAUAAGGCCAACAUUGUCUAUGAAAACCUACAAGUUGAGGACAUAAACCGUUUGGAGAGAAAUGGUGAAAUCGAUGUUUGGGUCAUGGCUUUGCCUAACGGUGUCUGCAAGCCAUUUGUUGAUGCUAUUGAACACGCCGAUGGUCCAAAAACUUCCAAGAUUAUCGACCUGAGUGCCGAUUACAGAUUUGAUACCACUGGUGAAUGGAUUUACGGAUUACCUGAAUUGAAUUCCAGACAAGCCAUCGUCAAGGCAAGAAAAAUUUCAAACCCAGGUUGUUACGCCACAGGUGCCCAGGUCGCCAUUAAGCCUUUGGUUGACUAUAUUUCCGGUGUUCCUACUAUUUUUGGUGUUUCAGGAUAUUCUGGCGCUGGUACAAAGCCUUCCCCAAAGAACGAUAUCAAGAUUUUGAACAACAACUUGAUUCCAUACUCCUUGACCGACCACAUCCACGAACGUGAAAUUUCUGCACAAUUAGGCCACCAAGUAGCUUUUACCCCACAUGUUGCCCAGUGGUUCCAAGGUAUUAGUCAUACCAUUUCCAUUCCAUUGAAGGAGAAAAUGACUUCUAGAGACAUUCGAAACAUUUAUCAAGACAUCUACCAAGAUGAGCAAUUGAUCACCGUCAGUGGUGAGGCUCCGUUAGUCAAGGAUAUUAGUGGUAAGCACGGUGUUGUUGUAGGUGGCUUUGCUGUCAACGCUGCUCAAGACCGUGUGGUAAUUGUGGCUACCAUAGACAAUUUGUUGAAGGGUGCUGCUACCCAAUGUCUGCAGAACAUCAAUCUGGCCAUGAACUACGGGGAAUAUGAAGGUAUACCAGAUGACUUGAUUAUUAGAGGUUAG